AUGCAGGAGGAGGCUGAGUCUGGGCGUCGCACGAAUCUAUGGAAAUGCGUGGAUGACGAGAACAAGGAAGACCCACCGUUGACGCAUAGUAUUGGCGCCUUGAUUGGUGGCACUCAUCGCCAGAUGCUCUAUUAUGAUCGCUUGUCGAUUAUCGUAUCGCAAGAGAUCGACAUAGAGGAUGACCCGGACCCCCUCAUCGCUAUGCUAAUCGGCUUGCAUCGGCUCACGCUCGAAAAGCACGGUAUCCACAGUAUUGAACAUCGGGAUAACACCGCGACGCUGUUCGAAGGGAGAAAGCUGACACUGAAGAAGGCGGAUGGAAAUCCGGUGGCCCUUACGCUGGGAAAAAUCAUCUUCCGACAACCUGGAAUUAUUGGACGGGAUACGUGUUUCGUCGAGGCGACUGCUGAGGAUUGCGGGGAGUGGAAAGGCAUGGAAACGAUCGUAAAGAUUAGCUGGCAGGCUAAAUCGCGUCCCUCGGAGAAGGACUUCAUGGACGACGUGAAGAACGCGGUAGAUGAACUGCCUAAGGACGGUACAUCGCAUCAGUGGGUCUUCGACCACCUUCCCAAUAUUCUCUUGUCCCAGGACUUUGAGAUGGCAGAAGACUCCCCGCAGGCGAGACUCAAGGCGUACUUUGACACCGCCAGCUAUGCGGAUGGUGAUUCAUUUGAGUACGAGGAGCGGGUGUGUCGUAUCAUGGUACAAGAGAAGCUCUAUUCGAUCACGAGUCUCCGUGAACCUCGGCAGUACACUCAAGGAAUAUUUGACAUCUUGCAAAUUCACAGAUGGGUUUACGACCACGCAAGAAUCAUCCAUCGGGAUAUCAGCAUGAUGAACCUCAUGUGGCGGAGGAGGAAUGGUGUCAUUUAUGGCGUUUUGAACGAUUUCGACUUGUCCUCAUACUGUGAUUACAAAAGUGCAUCAGCUCUACGUCGCACUACGAGACCAUACUAUGCAUGCGAUCUCCUCAAGACGGAUCCACCAGUCCAUAUUUCAUCCUCGUCCUUCUAUCUUCCAUUUGAGAGCUGGUACGAUAUGACGUACCCGGAGCUCUACGACAAGACGUAUAAUUUCUUUAUCGACUCAACCAAAAACCCCGAUACACUCCUCCCAGUGUCCGUCAGCUUCUCUAACUUCCAAUCCUGGCUUACGCUCUGCUUCGGUCUGAUCAGCGCAGACUUUUUUGCUGAAAACGCAUACCACCGGAGCAAGCCACAGAGUCUAUUUACUCAGUUCUUAUCUUCCCGGCCAUCAGGAUCAGUCGGAACACCCCUCAAAGAGUUUGAUAAUGCAACACUAGGAGGUUUCGUUGACUAUUCGGCGUUCUUUCAGGUCAUGUGCAAGUUUGCGGACCAAGAUUUAGUCGUCAAAUAUGAUCCAGAUGGGGAGCCUACGCAACAUCAGAGUUGA